AUGUCAUUCUUGCUGGGUGGUGUGCUGCUGCCGGCGAGGCCUACUCUAGCCUCAGCAGCAGCAGCAGCAGCAGCAGCAGCAACAGCUUCAACAGCAGCAGCAGGAAGGCUGUCUAGGCGGCGGGGCACCGAGCUUGGAACCGGCGACUGGGGCCUUGCAUGCAGCUGCAGCAGCUGCAGCAGCAGCUGCUGCUGCGGCAUAUGCAGCAGAAGCAGCUGCAGCGUAUACACCAGCAGCAGCAGCAGCAGCAGCAGCAGCAGCAGCAGCAGCAGCAAUCACAGAAGCAGGGGAAUGACCUGCAAAUGCAGGAGUUACACCAGCAUUUGCACCAGCAGCAGCAGCCACAUCAGCAGCCACAUCAGCAGCAGCAGCAGCAGCAGCAGCAACAGCAGUAGCAGCAGCAGCAGCAGCAGCAACAGCAGCGGCCUUCGAUUUUUUUGUUCAGCUGGGCGUUUGCUGCCUCUGCAUAGUGCGCGUAAUGUAUAUAAUGCUGCCAGUACCAGAAGAUACAGCAGCAGCGGCAGCAGCAACAGCAGCAGCAGGGGCAGCAGCAACAGCAGCAGCAGCGACAGCCACAGCAGCAGCAACAACAACAGCAGCAACAGCAGCAGCAGCAGCAGCAGCAUGGAAGGGUAUGAGCGUUCACAUUACGCUACUUUAGGGGUGAAGACAAAUGCAACGCAAAAAGAAAUACGCCAGGUAGAACCACAUAAAGCAGCAGCAGCAGCAGCAGCAGCAGCAGCAGCAGCAAAUGCAGCAAAUGCAGCAGCAGCAGCAGCAGAAACAGAAGCAGCAACGGGAGAAGCAGCAACAGAAGCAGUAAUAGAAGCAGCAAUAGGAACAGCACCAACAGACGCAGCCACAGAAGAAGCAACAGAAGCAGCAACAGAAGCAGCAACAGAAGAAGCAGCAGCAGCCUAG